AACUGACACGACGAUAAUAAUGAUGAUUUAUGUCCGUACUUCAGCACUGUACUUGUUGAACAGUUUAGCUGUUUAGACUACUUCUAUAAGAUAUGCUAAUUUAUUUACUACUAACUAAAGACAUGAGGGUGAAAGUGAACGAACAUGAUGGACCAACACAGAGUUUGACUGACACCUGCUGUUACAAUGUCAGAAAUGUCUGGGUUUAGCAGAAGAUGCUCAAUAAAUAACCCAACUGCCAAAAAUAAAAAUGUAUGUUUUUUGCAGCUGUUGAGUUAUGUCUUAAAAACGCCUUAAAAGCCAUUACAUACUGCUUUAAUUCAUUAUUUUUAUUUGCAUUGUGAAUGUAAAUGUAGAAAAUGUUUGUAAUAUAAUUUCUAUAUUGUUAUGCUUAAUUAUGCAACAAUCCAGCAAUCUACACAUUUGCUGGGCUUCUUAUACUGUAGUUAGGUGUGGAGUAGGUUUUAAUUGUAAAUUAUAAGAGACUUGUUACAAUAUUACAGUGUUGUGACUGUCUGAUAUCCAGAAAACCUGUCUUUUAUGAGUAGAACCCAUUACUUAGCAGUUAUUUAUGGGCAUUCUCGUUGCAGUAUAAGGCAGUUACGUGGUUUUGUUCUGCGGGUCCACUCAUUGCAUUCAUUCAGGUAAUCAGACACCAUAGAAUGCAUUUGUGUCCCUGCUGAAGCAGCAACAGUAUCAUCAUCAUCAAGUUCCACAGCAAGCAGGUUUCCAUGGAGAGGCUUUGUAGCAUUUCUCAACCUGCUGCAGAAGGAGAUGGUUGUCUUAACGAAAGAGUCCCAGUAACGAAAGAAGAAAUCAGCAAUAUCCAGCAUGGCACCAGCGGUGAAAACACUGGUUCCAGCCCGUCCUGUUAAGUCUGUUCUGUCCACCAACAUCCUAUUUUUGGACGGAAACAAUCCAGAUGACUUUUCAACUUGUUUCCAGGAGGACUUUCAGCAUUUCUCUUGUAAGAAGGUGAAGCCUUUUUGCCCGUCCUUUCCAGCCCGUGUGGACCACAAGGACGUGAGGCACAUCAAUGAGAAACUCACAGAGGCAAUGGACUCCUACCGCCAUCACCCCUUGCCCAUGAUGACCCGCGUACCUCGCUGGGCCAUGCUGCACACCAACAUCAAGAUGGAAGCAGACCCAACGGAGGCUGGUUUCCUCACUACACAGUCCCAGGCAUUCUGCCCAAAGCCCUCCCAGCCCCCUACCACACGCUUUCGGCCGUCCCAGUCCUUCAAGGUCCAGCAGGUGGAACCGCUUCCAGAAAGCACCAACAAAUCCAGCUUCCCUCCACAUCAGAGCUCUGCUGUUGUGAAAGUCGCAGCUAAACAUCUAGAGGCCUUAUCCACUAUAAAAGGGGACAACCACUACUGCACCUUUGUCUCCCAGUACAACGACACCUUCCAGGGCGCUUGGAGCAGAGCUACACAACCUGUGGCAAAGCAUUUCUCGUCAGUGUCUCUGGGUGAUCCCGUGAAGAUCGUAGAUAGAGAGAGCACAUACACCACGUCAUUCAGCCGACCCACAGUCUGCAGAUACAAGCCACCAUUGGUGAAAGAGCAUUUUAAACUCAGCCUGGGAAAUUUCUCAGAGACUUCAUGGUCAUCCACCUCUAAAGAAACCUUUAUUUAUCACAAACCGGUAGAUCCAGUUGCUGUCACAAGGAGGAACCCCAACUUCAGUUCUUUACCUAAAGGGGACAUAGAUCCAAGCCACAACAGAGAGAGGAUGUCAGUCACCACCAACAAAGUCUCCUUUUCUGAUCUGAACCACAAAGAGCAUCCAGUGUUUGCUCCCGGGCCAAGCUUGAUGACCAAAAGCCAUGUAAACCUAAGCUCACCCAGGCUGUCAGGCCUGUACUACACAACCACGGCCAAAGAGCACUACAGCAAAAAGGGUGGCGAGCGAGCGACACCAGCCACCCAGCUGCCGAGCAACAUCCUGAGUGGGCCAGAACAUGAGCCGAGCCUCAGCACCACCAAGGCCGACUUCGUCCCCCUAAAGACCUGCAAAGGGAAACCUUUACUGUUGCAGCGAAAGAGCAACGUCAGGUUUCCACUGGUAGAACAGGAAUUCAGCACCACCCACGGUGAACACUACAAGGCCAAACCUCUGCUACCAACGCCCCAGUAACAAGAGAGAUACGGCUUUGUUGUCUCCGCCUGUGUUCUCGCAUCAAAGCAGCAGUUAAGCAUAGGUAGGAUAUGGUUUAACAUGUGGGACAAUCAAUAUAUCUGUUAUAUUAUAGGGACCCAUAGUAUGUGCAUCCUGUCCGAUCCAUGGAUUUAAAGGGAUGAAAAAAUAUAAAUUAUCCUAGUACUGACUGUAAAAAAUGGCAAAUAUGACCGAAUGACAGAGUUCUGACAUAUAGUGAAGCAUUUUAUUUGGGUGUGUAAUGACAAAAAGAGGAAGGGAGGUUGUUUAAUUUUUUUAAAUGUCAACCAAUCAAUACAAAAAUGUGUUUCAUGAUCCCAAGCAUUCAUAAUAAAGAAAGCAUCUUUAAAGCAGGACGGUCACGAGGCCGUCAGAGUGUGAAAUGUUGAAGCAGCGUGCCAGUGCAGCUUUAGCAGUGGGUUGGCUUAAACCUUGAACCUUAGUCUUAAAGGCCGUGAAGGGAGGCGACCUGGACUGUACUGGCCUACUUCCACACAGUUUACACUGUCAGUGCUGAACCACGAAGAUGAAAGUUGAUGUCUGUGUCAGAGGAAUAAUCUAAUCCCCCCUUCAUGCACGACUGGCCAGAAAAAUAGUUAAAACAACCUAUGUUGAAGCAAUAACACAGCCGUGACCCUGAGAUGCAGCCUCCGCUGAUAAAACGUUGGCAGGCGAGCAGAUGUAAAUAAACUGAAGCUGGAGUUCAGCAACCUGGAAAACCAGUUGCUUUUCAAGCGGUGGCUGGAAUGUUAGCUGGCAAGUUGGGGUUUGGGCCCAAGGGACAGAAAAGCAGUAACGACCAGAAUAUGCAGACAACAGCUUGUUGUUGUGUGAGGGAAUAAUGUUGAAUAUGAAUAAAACAACACUACAUAAUGUAGUUUUUCAUGCUAUCUUUUAAUGAGUUACCAACAUUAACGAGCUUGUAGUUCAGGGACAAGCAGUCUAUUCUAGGCAUUCACUGUUAUUAUUGGGACAACACACACAGACUUUGUAUUAAUGCAUCUGAUUUCUUCAUUCUCUGAUGAUUUACAUCAAUAAUUUGCAACGUUGAAAGGAUUACAGCUGAACAGGCUUUACAAUAACAGCUGCGUCAGUGUGAUCAUGUAACAUGUGACACAAUGAUCAUGUGAGGGACUCUCAUGAAAGUUGAGGCUCCUGACUGCUACAUAUUUUAUUGCUUUUCUUUUUAGUUUACUUUUGUCAUGUGACUUCAUUUAAUGUGUAAUCCAUUUCUCACAUCUCAUAUCAAGUAUCUAAACUACACUAUGUAAUUCUGCUUACAGUUAUAAAUUGAAUGAAAAAACAUUUUAAUCAUUAUGUCUGAAUUAAAGAAUGAUUUAUUUCUGAGCUAACAGAGAUAGUUUGCCAAUUUGUCAAUAAUACUGAUAAUUUAAUUAUUUCGACUAAAGAUACUGCUAAACAUUUACUAAUAUCAGCUACUAUGAUGUGAAUAUUUGCUAUUUUUUCCACUCAACAAACUUUAGAAUGUUUCGGUAAAGCAUAGCGAAAGAGAGCUAUUUACUUAUGUUUAAUGUGAAUAAAAAAUGGAUCAGUUCUUCAAUUACAAAUAAAAGAAUAUUGUUAAUAAAAGAAAUACAGUUCGUAGCUUCUCUGAGGACGUCUA